AAAAAAAGUGGGCCAAGAACGCCCGCCCAUUGUAAGCUUGUUCGUUUCGUUUGUGGAAAUACUUAUCUUCUUCUUCGCUUUGAAUACGAGGGAAACCAACCAAACAGUGUUCGCUCUCGUUAGAUUACCGGUUGCAAUUGUUACAAAAUUGCCAAUAAAGAUGAGCUCUGUAUCGUUACCGUCAAAAGUAUCGAUUCGGUUUGCGGUUGUGCCUUGCGGUACAAGUCUGUUCGGCACUAGGCGGACCGUGGAUAUGAAUUCUAGGGUGGUUUUCGGCGGUGCCAGAGCUUCUAUGGUUGAUUCUUAUGAAAGUUCCUCCGAUUUCGCUAGGCGUACUGAACAAGCUUGGUUAAUUUCUCAGCAACCGAUGCCUGUUUCUUGUUCGUCUUGCCACUCGAACGGACAUGUCGAGUGCAAAUGGUGUGGGGGUACAGGCUUCUUUAUUCUUGGUGAUAACAUGCUGUGCCAAGUUCCUUCUAGGAACACUACUUGUGUGAUAUGUGCAGGAAAGGGUUCGAUGUGUUGCUCUGAUUGUAAGGGAACAGGGUUUCGGGCCAAAUGGUUGGGGGAGCCUCCUGUUUCUAAGUAGAAGCCAACUUUCGACAUAGACAAUUGUAAGAGAUAUAGAAGGCGGAUUUCAUUCAUGUUAUUGUUUGUUUUGCAUUCCUGUUGCAGAAAAUUAUGAUCUACCGAUGUUGAUACUGAGAGCUUCUUUAGAUCCACAGCACAAUCACACCAUAUAUUAAUUUUAUUUGUAAUUAAAAGUCGCUGCAUCUCACUUAUGAAUAUAAACCAGUAGUAUUGUAUUAGUUGAAUUCCUAUAAUCUGAAUUCUUUUGGACC